CAGAAAUCUACUUGCAAUUAUUAGUCGGAGUACUCAGUAAUUUUUUAGGAAGGUAAAGUAGGGCUGGUGACCCUGCUCCCAGAAAAUCUGCAUCCAAAAACCCUAACAACUCGCCACCCGCACUCCCGGUUCCAGCUCCGGCUUCCGAUUCCGCCGUCUCGAGCUACGUACAGAAACCUGUCGCACACACCUCUGUCUCUCCGGUCAGAUUCGUAUCCAGGGUUUUGGAGGCGUUCUGAGUUGAGAUUGAAAGGCGAUGGCAGCGCAGACAGUCGCUGAGGCGGUGCCGGUGGAACAACCACCUGUUUCUCCCCAAGUUGUGGGAAAUGCCUUUGUGCAGCAGUAUUAUCAUAUACUUCACCACUCUCCUGAGCUGGUAUUCAGGUUUUACCAGGAUGGAAGUAAGCUUGGGCGACCUGAGGAAGAUGGGACUAUGAGCAUCACUACCACAAUGCUCGAAAUCAACAACAAGAUACUCUCUCUUAACUAUGCAAACUUUAGUGCAGAGAUUUUUACUGUUGAUGCUCAGGAGUCUUUCAAUGGAGGUGUAUCUGUCCUUGUUACAGGAUGUUUGACUGGGAAGGACACCAUCGUCAGAAAUUUCUCCCAGUCUUUCUUUCUAGCACCACAAGACAAAGGGUUCUUUGUGUUGAAUGACAUGUUUCGCUUCAUCAAAACUUCCAAUCAGGAUGAUAAAAUUCAUUAUAUUCCAGCGGCAGAUGCGGAGACUAACGUUCCUAUUGAGCAAACGAAUCCUCUUCCAGCUCAAGAAGAUCUCAUUUUCGAGGAAAGCAUUCCAUCAGCAGAAGAAGUGAAUGAGGGAGAAGUGUUUAAUCCACCUGAGGAAGAGAGUGUACCAGUUAUUGAAGAGGAUGAGCCUGUGGCUGAGGUUGUUAAUGAACCCCAAGAAGUUUCAGAAGUAGUAGUCGAGCCCCUCACUGAAAUGGAAAAAAUCUCUAAGAAAUCUUUUGCUAAGAUUGUCAUUGAGCUCAGGGAAAGUGCUGCUACUUUCUCCCAACCUGCUGCCCCUGCCCAUCGCAAUCCCUUGGUAAAGAAUACCGAGAGAGUGAACCAGCUGCCAGCACAACCAGCUGUUGUUCUUGACAACUCAGCAUCUGUUGGUCACAUCAAUAACCAAGAGGGAGAAGCUGAAGGUUAUUCUAUUUACCUAAAAGGCCUGCCUAUGAGUGCAACAGAUUCAAUUCUAGCCGAAGAAUUCAAGAAAUUCGGAGCUAUCAAGGAUGGAGGCAUCCAAGUCAGAAGUCACCGAGGGUUUUGUUUUGGGUUUGUGGAGUUUGAAGAGGCAGGUGCUGUGCAAAAAGCAAUUGAGGCUUCACCUAUAGUAAUUGGUGGGCGCCAAGCUAUUGUUGAGGAGAAAAGAUCUACUAAUUCACGAGGUAGCAAUAGAAGAUUCAUUUCAGGAAGGGGAUCUGGAUUCAGAGGCGACUCUGGAUUCAGAGGCGACGCUGGAUUCAGAGGCGACGCUGGAUUCAGAGGCGACUCUGGAUUCAGAGGUGAAGGAGUUAGGGGGCGUGGUAACUAUGGAGGUGGUGGGGGGAACAACAGGGGAUACAACAACAGGGGGGGAGAGUUCAACGGUGGCCGGAAUGAAUUCAACAACCGGAAUGGCAGUGGCAAUCGUGGAGGAUCUGCAAACCGUGGAAAUGAUGGAUACUAUUGGUCAGACAGUGCUGUGAACAACCAUGGUGGUGGUGGUGGGCGUAUGAAUCGUGAUGGAGGAGUGGCUUAUGGAACUGCAAAGAACAUGGCCCCACGCGUGUCUGCUACUGCUUGAAGACAUCAAUAUCAGGUUGAGACCUGGCUUUACGCCUUUACUAGGAUUUUUUUUUUCAUUUUUGAUUUUUAAAUAGUUGCAACGAGAGUGAAUUUUUAGCUCAUGAUCAGGACUACUGGAAUAUUUUUGGCAGCUUUCCGUUUCCCAAUUUUCCUCCAUGGGUAUAAUAGGAAUAGCAAAUUAGAUGGGCAGUAUGUUUAUUAAUAUUGUUAAUGCGUUGUACUUGGGCAACGUCUGAACUCUGAUCAUGUCAUUGGCACCUUUGUAUAAUCGUGGAAUUAUUUUUUGAACUCAGUAAUCGUUUCCUUUUACUUA